UACGUCGUCCCACCGCACAUCUGUGCGCGAAAGGCUUCCACCACGCUGCCGCCCCGAUAAAGCUGUCAAAAAGGCGGGGCCCGCGGGAAAGCCAACAAGAAUUCACGUGAUCCGUUCGCCUCCUUCCCUCCUCUCUUCCUCCUCCAACCCGAAAGCUCUUCUGGAACUCCCCCACCCCAUAUCUCUUUUCUGUUCUCAUCUCUCUCUCCAACGAAACCCUAAGCCAUCUCUCUUUCUCUGGCUCAAGAACUUCAGACCCCCGGCCUCCGCUGAACAGCGUCCGCCUACGAUCGAUGGAGGCCUUGGGGAACGUUGCCACUGCCAUGUCUUUUCCUUUCCGUCUCCUUCACCUCCGGGCUCCCGGUCGGCGACAUCUCAGACCUCGUGUCUGCUUCUGCGUGGGGAUGAUGAUGUCACCAACCUGUUUGCUGGACCUCGGCAAAUUAAGCUUGAAGGACAGAACGUAGACAUCCUUGAGGAAUCAUUUUCACCAUCUGACAGAAGAUUAGAAAUGAGUAAUACUGACAUCUGGAAACUCUUCAAUGAUGCUCAGCAAAAUAUUUUAUACCUGAACAAACAACGCCUUGCGGCUGUGGAGGAGCUGAAGAAAUUACAAAGAGAAAAAGAGUUGCUGUUAGAGAGGAUAGAACAGUUGGAAGCAGGAAAGCAGACAAAUAUAGUGGAAGGUACUGUCACUAAACCAGUGCUACUCUCAAGUUUCUCUGAAUUGCUGCUGCGGAUAGAUUCAAUGGUUCUUUCGGGUAUGAUUGGUCCAAGGGAAGCAUCUGAUUUCAGGAAGAAGGUUAUGGACAGUAAAGAUAAUAUACAUGAUGUCUUUCAUGACAUCCAACAGAAAACAGAUAUGGAAUUGCUGUCAGAACUUCAUCAGUUUUCAGAGAAAACAAUGCGAAAAGCUCUGCAUAUUGUGCACAUAUGCAGUGAAAUGGAGCCGGUUGUUUCAUUUGGAUCCUUAGCGUCAUAUGUGACAGGUUUGUCUUGUGCACUGCAAAGGAAAGGCAAUUUGGUGGAGGUCAUUUUACCUAAGUAUGCAAACAUGGACCUUGAUGCUAUCCAGGGAUUAAGGAAAACAGAAGCAGAAUUUGAUUCUUAUUUUAGUGGUUGCUGGCAUAAAAACAGAGUAUGGAUAGGUGUUGCUGGUGGCAUUGGUCUUACACUAAUCGAACCUCUUUACCAUUCAUCCUUUUUCAACCGGGACAGAAUAUAUGGCUACUCCGAUGACUUUGAGCGAUUUACCUAUUUUUCCCGUGCUUCCAUGGAUUAUUUAGUGAAGUCUGGAAAGCAGCCAGAUAUUUUGCACAUACAUAAUUGGGAAACUGCCAUCAUUGGACCACUGUUUUGGGAUAUUUUUGUUCAUCAGGGACUUGGUGGUACUCGAGUAUUGUUCACGUGUCAUGAUUUAAGUUCCCAAUGUCUGGAGCAGCCAGAUAAGCUAGGGCUUUGUGGUCUCGAUCCCCAUCGACUUCAUCGUCCUGAUCGGCUGCAAGACAAUAAUAAAAUGCAUCUUGUCAAUAUUUUGAAGGGUGGAAUUGUUUACUCCAAUAAGGUAGUCAUGAUGUCAUCCAUUCUUUCAAAAGAAAGGAUUAUCCAUAGUUUAAGCCAUGGGUUGGAACCGACAUUAGCAAUCCAUAAGGAAAAAUUGUUGAUAGCUCCCUAUGGAUUUGAUGGCACAAAGUGGGAUCCUUCGAGAGACAAACUUCUUCCAGCAAAUUACUCUGCAGAUGAUAUUGGAGGAAAAGCUGUUUGCAAAGUUGCACUUAGGCAGCGCCUUGGGUUCUCUGGACAUUCUUCCGCAAUUGUUGGGUGCAUCUACUCUGGAGUUUCAGACAUCAAUGUGGAUAAUCUAAAACCAGCUAUUCAGCAUGCUUUGAGAGAGGGUGUUCAGUUUGUCUUCAUGGGGCUGAAGGCACCUGUUCGGAGCACUACCGUACAAGCACUACAAGAUGAACUUAAGGAUGUAAAUAUGAGAUUGAUAAACAAGUAUGAUGAAGCCUUGUUACACCUAAUUCUUGCUGGUUCUGACAUAAUUUUAUGUUCUUCCUUCGACGAUCCACUGUUACAAAUACCACUUAAAGCCAUCAAGUAUGGAUCAUCUCCGAUAUCAUUAAACAUUAGAAAUGGUGGAGCCAGGCAAUUUGAGGGGCAUGACUUCAGAAGCAUCUCUAGAAAAGAAGGAUUUAGACAAUCUGAGUGGCAUGACUUUGCAAGUAUGAUGUCAACUCAGUACAUCAUCUCUACAUUUGGGGAUAUGUCUCUCUGCCAAGCCCUAGAUGAAAUUAAGAAUGAUCCAUCCAGUUGGACUUGGAGGAUUAAGGAUGGGAUGUCAAAAGACUUUUCUUGGGAUGCUGAGUGCGUUGACAUACACUGGGCUGCAUACACCUUCACAAAAAAUUUAUGAAGGGACGCAUAUUCUCCUGCAGUUUGUGAUGUGUGAAUUGCAAAUGCACGUGCAGUAGCUAGCUGUUCUUUCCCUGGAGUGUAUGUUGCUGCUCUGAAGCUGCAUGAAGGUAGGUAGAUGAUGUAUGAAAUGUCUAGAUGAGAUUGCGAAAUGCUGCAGAAAGAUUGUAUAUUGUUGAUAAUGGGAAUGCCAAAUGCAGUAUGGUAAGUGAAUAUUUUUCUUUUGUCACUUUAUUUUUAGAUUGGGAAUGUGACUGAAACUGCAGAAAGCAGGCAGAUAGAUGAAAUAUCCUCUUCCAAAUGAGAUUGUGAAAUACUGUGAAAACAACUGUUUGCUGUUGAUAAUGAGAAUGUAAGUAUGGCCAGUAAGCGUACAUUUUUCA